ACCGAGUCAUGGCCGAGACCUACGACUUCCUUUUCAAAUUCCUGGUGAUCGGCAGUGCAGGAACUGGAAAAUCAUGUCUCCUUCAUCAGUUCAUUGAGAAUAAGUUCAAACAGGACUCUAACCAUACGAUCGGCGUGGAGUUUGGAUCCCGGGUGGUCAACGUGGGUGGGAAGACUGUGAAGCUACAGAUUUGGGACACGGCUGGCCAGGAGCGGUUUCGGUCAGUGACGCGGAGUUAUUACCGAGGGGCAGCUGGAGCCCUGCUGGUGUACGACAUCACCAGCCGGGAGACAUACAACUCGCUGGCAGCCUGGCUGACCGAUGCCCGCACGCUGGCCAGCCCCAACAUCGUGGUCAUCCUCUGUGGAAACAAGAAGGAUCUGGACCCUGAGCGGGAGGUCACUUUCCUGGAGGCCUCCCGCUUUGCUCAAGAGAACGAGCUGAUGUUCCUGGAGACCAGCGCUCUCACGGGUGAGAAUGUGGAGGAGGCUUUCCUGAAAUGUGCCCGCACCAUCCUCAACAAGAUCGACUCAGGCGAGCUGGACCCCGAGAGGAUGGGCUCAGGCAUUCAGUAUGGUGACGCUUCUCUCCGCCAGCUUCGGCAGCCUCGGAGUGCUCAGGCUGUGGCCCCUCAGCCCUGUGGCUGCUGAGACCUGCAGAGUCAGCUCACCUGUUCUCCAGGACCAGCCCUGCCCUUCCAGUUGGGGCUCAGACUCAGGCUCUGGGAGGCCGUGUCCCAACCUGACCUGGCCCCGGAGAAGCCACCCUGCCACCUGUCCCCCUUCCCUGGCCUGGUGGGGCUUUGGGGCAAGACUGAGCCAAGGGGGAAGGGGGAACCCUUACCUGCUGCUGCUUCCUCUGUCUUGGCUAACCUCUGUCCCCCUGGAUCCCUAACCAUACCCCAAGAGCUCCCAAAGCCUAAGACCAGGGUCAUUUGGCCCCAACUUCCUGCCUGGCCCUGCUGUUGCGAGUACGUGUUAUUUAUUACCUGGAGGCCUGUCCCCCCUACCCCCAUAAAGCGUUGUUUACACCUGUG